CAUGAGCUGUCAUCGACUCAUUGCGGCAAAUUUACGUAUGAAUACCCACGGACUAAAAUUUUAAAACUUGAAGAUUACAGACAGGUUUUAUAAUGAUACAAUUCAAAUCGGGGAUAAUAAAUUUGAAUUUUAGGACCAUUGAAGUUUGGUGUGGCUACCUGGACAUUUAGAUUCUGACCACCCGGACGGUUGGUUGCCGAACUAGUCCAGGUUUCGAGGUGUGUGCAUUUCACUCUCUCCUUGUGCCACAGUUCGGCAGAAUGACAUUGGACAAAUAUUGGUGAAACACUUCAAUCUUAAGUCGGAAAGCAGUCAUUGAUUUCGACGGGGCUAUAUUUCAUACAGACACGUUUGUGAAUAUGAUGGAGUUUCUUAAGGAACCUACUUAGUUUUAAUUGACGACCGAUGUGCAAAAUCUUUUUAAAAAUAUGUGAUGGAUUCAAAAAUUGGGGAGAAAUUGCCCCUCGAUUCGACAUCGGCUUGUGAUUUUAACCAGCACUGGAUAAACCAGGCAUCAAACAGGUGACUUGGAGACGAUCGGUGAUAUUGGAGUUUGAAGACAUUAUCCCGGAAACUGUUAUAAGGCGUUUUGUGUCCGGCUGGUCAGUAAGUGUGUCCUGUAACUGAAGCUGGACAAUCAUGCCUUGUCGUGUCGAAAUCGACUGGAUAGCAUGCCUGAUAGAACUGUUAGGAACAGUAUUUUUUAUCAUUGGACUAGCAACUGACCACUGGUCAGUUUCGGACGAUGGCUCGGCUCACUCCGGCCUCUUCACGUCCUGUACAAGCUCCGGACUAUGUUACGACACGCAUGUGUUUUAUGACCAAUAUGCGGAAAAGGGCCAGAUUAUUUUUGCGGCCGUCUUCAUUCUCCUGGUAAUGGCGGGUUUCUGCCUAGUUUUGCUCUUCAUGCUUCUGUACAUGUGUGGCCUUUUCGAGGAGAAAUCAGUAGGAUUGUUGGCCGCUAUUGCCUCCUACGUAUCAGUGUUUUUCGGUUUCAUUGGGAUUAUUGUGUACGGAUCCGCUAUAAACAAGGUGUCCCAAUCGGUCAGUUGGUCGUGUGGUAUGGUGAUAAUGGGACUACUUAUAAACUUGGCUGGUGGUGUACUGAUGCAUGUCGGGAGUCAGAGAUUCAAACCUAACCCUCCACUACUGCCACCCUUCCCAAAGAGAAGGGGACAGCCCUUUACGAUAUCACAACAUCGACUAAGUCGGAGACUGAUUAACAAACGUGCAAUAUUACCUCGAUAACAAUUUCGUCGUUUUACAAUAAAACUUAACUUCUAACAUGUGGAGAAUCAGAGGUGCAAGGAACAUCUGAAAGGACCGGAAGUACUUCAGAAGUGAAUAUCAAUGCGAACCGGAAGUCGUAUUAGGAAAUGUGUCUUAUUGGACAAUUUCAAACAGUUGUUAAUUUCAGCUGUGACAAAGGUAACUUUACCCACAAGUGUUCAUGAGCAGCAGACGUCAGAAACCAGGAAUAUACAUAGCAGAUGUCCUGAUUAUAGAACUUAGACUGAUCAGGAGUCACGUGACAUCUAUUUCGUUGAAUAACAAUUUGAUAAAGGUUAGAAGAGUCAUUGCCAAAACAUUGAACUAUAAGAAGUGGGUUUUUUUCAUCUUACUGCAACAUUACAACAAAAAUGUCGUCUGUUUUUAUCGAACAACACACCCGUCCUCAAGUAAAUUUAGAGACGUAUGUUUACUUUAUUUAUCGCCAUGUCAUGUUGAAGUGUGCCACGUCUUCUUUCGUAAACCUGUCUCACCUUCAGCAUUAUCAACACCACAAAAAAAACUACCGAAUAUUCUUCUUCUUCUUCUUCUUCUUCUUCUUCCCCAUGGUGUGGAUGACCAUAUAUGGGCCUGUUUUCAAUGGAAGUAUAUAUCGUAAAAUAUAAAAUACUUAGAUACACAGUCUGUUUGAGGCCAUCCAUCGUUAACAACUGUAUGUUAACAUAGGAGAACAUUUUAUUAAUCACUGCCAUGGUCAGCUGUUCAGCCAAGAUGUCCAUUCUACUUCGAUGUGUGUUUUGCAUCUGUUUAGCCAAAAUGUUCAUUCUAAAUUACUGUGUGUUCUUAUACAUGUUCAACAACACUGUUCACUUUACUUCAACUUAGUAUGUUCUUAUAACUGUUCAGGCAAAAUGUUAUAUUGAACAUAAAUGUAACUCUUAAUAAUGAUGUGUUCUAAUAUAUGUUCAACAAAACCUGUUCGCUCUAAAUUACUGUUUGCUAUCGUACUGAAACUGUUCAGCGAAAUGUCCAGUCUAAACUUACCGUGUGUUCUAAAUUAUGUUCAGUGGGAUUUUCAUUCUGUAUAAACGUGCGUUCUGGAAUCAAACGUGUUUAACUUUAAUAUAAUCAUGUUUUUUUUCUACUUUAAUGUGAUCAUGAUUAUUUUCAACUUUAAUAUGACCAUGCACACAGAACUAUUUAAUAUCACCAUUAAAACAUACUCUACAGUUUGUGUCCAAUUCCUGCCAGUCAUACACGAUUAAUAUACGUGUUCUUAACCCCGUUCAGUCGUCGUUAAUGUGUUUAAACUAACGAUUAGGUAUACGUGGCGGUGAAUCUCUAAAUCCUAUUAUACUACAAAGGAUUUAUUUUCAAAGAUUUUCUUUCGGAUUAAAAUUUAUCGAAACGAAAGUAUUACAACACUUUAAAACGGCUUAAUACCAUAUACCCUUGUCACCUGUAAGACGUUUUUUAUGAAAGCUGUUCCAGUAGAAAAUAUGUUCAUAAAAUGGAGAAAAAAAAUAUGGUUUUUAUUAUCAAUAUCUCCAAGAAUUUGAUUACUCUCUUGUGUUAAUUAGUCGUUGUAUUUCCUUUUAAGAUUAAUUAUAAAUGAUGUUUUAAAACUAGAAUUUUACAAAAAAAUAACUCAUAAUCUUAUAAUCAAUAUACAGAUGCUCUUAUGCCUCGAGCUUAAACACCGUUCCCGCGUAAAAGAAACGUAAUGGUUAAUAAGAUAAUGGUUAAUUUUUCUUAUUUGUUAUUCUUCAUUAUCUUCAUCAUGCUCGAUAAAUAAUCAUGCCUUAAUAUUUAGACUAUUUUGGUUUUUGAUUAAGUGCUCAUUGAACAUAAAAACCGUACAUGCGGCUGUCUUUCAGAGAGAGAGAGAGAGAGAGAGAGAGAGAGAGAGAGAGAGAGAGAGAGAGAGAGAGAGAGAGUAUGUAAGUCAACAUCGAUGUGAUGUAUCACGCCAUUUUUUGUGACUUGACACUCCAUCCUUUGUGAUAGAUUCCAUUGUUUUUAUUUGUUAUUAUUGUAUAUUUCUGUUGUUAUUGUGAUAAACAACACUGUUUUCUGUGAUAUAUCGCUGUGAUACUGUGUUAGUUAAAUGUGAUAGACAACUAAGAGAGCUACGACAUCAGGUAUGAAUUGUGUAUAACCAUGUUCUCGAGAUUUGAAUACUUCUGUAAUCAUACGCUGGACAGUGGUCAGUUUGAAUACUUCUGUAGUCAUCAUACGAUGGACAGUGGUCAGUGAACGAGUUGAUACUGUCAGUGUUAAUAGCAACUUGUCAACACUCAACCAGGCUCAAGUAAAAUAAAACUUUCAGAAUUAAGUUUUCUUACUUCUAACCUUUUUAAUAGCUUUUUAUUUGUAUAAAUUAAUGUUACAAAAAUAUUGAUAGUUUAAAAAUCAGUGAAAAUCGGAAUCUUGUUAAACAAUUUAGAAAAAAAAACAUGAUUUUGAACAUAGUUUUUUUUCGAGAUGUUUGAGCUGCGGUUACAAUUGUGGUAUAUCUCAACUUCUCGAUCGGCUGUUCUCGGCUGCUUUCGGCUAAUUCCGGUACUUUUCAUUUAUACGGAAGUAGUUCCGGCAUCACCCGAGUUAUGACGAGUGAUAAACCCCUAUGUUUCGUAUGUAUCCGGUUAUUACACGGAAGUUUUCGUAGGGUGUUAUCUCGAUAUUGACUUAACGUGGUAAGUCACAUCAGUUUAGCGUACUCACAUAAAUAUACUUGUGGGGGAGAAUUAACGAUUCGUUAGGUGCAAAUAUCUUCUUCGCCUAUAGCAGAUGACAUUUAAAGUAAUUUUGUGUUUUUCCCAAAUUCGUCAUCAAACCUCACUGCGCAUGUGCUUUUUUGCGACGGAAUGAACGGAAAUUAAAUGCGUUGUACAUAGCUCAUUAAAACUUGUGCGUUGCACCCCACAAGUUCACGGACACAAGACUACACCCCAUAACUCAAUCUUGUCUGUACGUCCGAGAUGUUGACCCCCUACUAAGUAGCUGGAUUAAUGCAUUAUAUAUUUCACUCGCCGAAUUGUGCGAAAAUUCUGUAGCCCUGCCAGGUUUAUAACAGUAUAUAUAUAGUAUAUAUAUGGGUGUAUGUGUAAUUAGCAUAUAAGCAAUCCACAACCGACGUUUGUUAGAGAAAACAAACUGAAUUUAAAGACAACUCGUAUUUCAUCUUAGUGUCAUAUUUAAUUAACUUUUUUUAUGCAGACAGUGAUAAGUGUUUGUUUAAAUGUGCCAAAGUAGGUUAUUGUUAUAGAAAUGUUAUUGUUCAAUCAUUAUGCUAUCUCAUUUGUAUGUAUCCCUCCGCCAUCAUAUUAAAUAGGCUGUUUGUCGUACAGGUAAAGUUACAAAGUGUAUUUAUAAUUUUCGUUCUACGACGGAAACGUUUAUAGUUUAAAAAUAGUAUUUAUUUGUAGAUCUAUUGUGUUCCAUUCUAGUAUAUUAGUUUGUUGCAGGACGUUGUCAUGGCAACAAAUGCUCAUAAGGAGACCAUUGUGUUGUUCCACACUUUUCACCUAAAGUCUAUAUUACCUGUUUGUCACUUUGUAAUAUUAUUUAUUAAUAUUUACUAUACCUUCUGUAAACAAAUAUAGAUCCUUGUUUUGUUAAAUUUAAUAUUACACAAUGAAAAAAUAAACAAAUGUUAUC